GGCAUCGCUUUGCAGUACUUCAACGCAACAAAGACGAAUGCGAUGUUCUUUUAAGUGGCGGUUAUCCUUUCCCCUCCUCCACCGUGCUCCGCCGCGUAACGCAUCCCGCCGCCGCCUAUCCUCCUCGCUCUCACCUCCACCACCGCGAAUGGGGAAAAAAUCCGGCGGCGGACAGCCGGCGGCGUCCGGCCCCGACCACCCCAAGGACGAAGCCUACCUCCAGGCCGUUAUUUCCAAACGCAUCUCCACCUUCGAAUCGAUCAAAUCGGAACAAGUCGCUCACCUUCAGUCCAUCUCCGGCGACGCCAUCAAGGUUACUUUGCCAGAUGGGAGUGUGAAGGAAGGGAAGAAGUGGAUGUUGACUCCACUGGACAUAGCAAAAGGGAUUUCAAAGAGUUUGGCGGCGAAUGCUUUGAUUUCGAAGGUUAAUGGAGUGCUGUGGGACAUGUCGAGGCCACUUGAAGGCGACUGUGACCUAAAGUUAUACACAUUUGAGAGCGAUGAAGGUCGUGACACCUUUUGGCAUUCGAGUGCUCACAUUCUUGGGCAGGCUCUUGAGGUGGAAUAUGGAUGCAAGUUGUGCAUUGGGCCAUGUACUACAAGAGGGGAGGGUUUCUAUUAUGAUGCAUUUUACGGAGAACUGGGCUUAAAUGAAGACCACUUUAAACGAAUUGAGACAGGGGCAGCAAAAGCUGUUGGGGAAAAGCAGCCUUUCGAGCGUAUUGAAGUUACGAGGGAACAGGCACUGGAGAUGUUUUCUGAAAAUAAGUUUAAGAUUGAAAUCAUUAGGGAAUUACCUGAAGACAAAACUAUAACAGUAUACAGAUGUGGCCCCUUGGUUGAUCUGUGUCGCGGUCCACAUAUACCCAAUACAUCUUUCGUAAAAGCCUUAGCUUGUUUAAAGGCCUCGUCAGCAUAUUGGAGGGGAAACAAAGAUCGUGAAAGUUUGCAAAGAGUUUAUGGAAUAUCUUAUCCUGAUCAAAAGCGCUUGAAGGAAUAUAUUGCGAGGCUGGAAGAAGCAAAAAAAUACGAUCACAGAGAAUUGGGAAAGAAUCAAGAGCUUUUCUAUUUUGAUCCACUUAGUCCAGGAAGCUGUUUCUUCCUUCCGCAUGGUACAAGAAUUUACAGCAAGUUAAUGGAGUUUAUCCGAAAUCAGUAUUGGGACAGAGGAUACCAAGAGGUUAUAACACCUAACAUCUAUAACAUGCAACUCUGGGAAACAUCUGGGCAUGCGGCUAAUUACAGGGAAAAUAUGUUUCUAUUGGAGAUUGAAAAGCAAGAGUUUGGGCUUAAGCCAAUGAAUUGCCCGGGCCAUUGUAAAAUGUUUGAUCAUAGAGUUCGUUCAUACAGGGAACUUCCUCUUCGCCUGGCCGAUUUUGGAGCCUUACAUCGGAAUGAGGCCAGUGGUGCGCUAAGUGGAUUAACUCGUGUCAGGAGAUUUCAGCAGGAUGAUGCUCAUAUCUUCUGCAGGGAGUCCCAGGUGAAAGAUGAAGUCAAAAGCGCAUUAGAAUUCAUCAGUCAUGUCUAUGAGAUAUUUGGGUUCACUUUCGACCUGAAACUAUCAACGAGGCCAGAGAAGUAUCUUGGAGACUUAGCAACAUGGGAUAAAGCAGAAGCUGCUCUGACAGAAGCAUUAAAUGAGUCUGGGAAGCUGUGGGAGAUAAAUGAAGCCGAUGGUGCAUUUUAUGGGCCAAAGAUUGAUAUCAGUGUUUCUGACGCACUGAAUAGGAAAUUCCAGUGUGCAACAUUACAGUUGGACUUCCAACUUCCUUCUCGUUUCAACUUAUCAUACUCCGCCGAAGAUGAAGCUAAGAAGGAGAGACCGGUUAUGAUACACAGAGCCAUCUUAGGGUCUGUUGAGCGUAUGUUUGCUAUACUUUUGGAACACUAUAAGGGGAAAUGGCCUCUCUGGCUCAGUCCACGUCAAGCAAUUGUUUGCCCUGUUUCGGAGAAAUCUGAAGCAUAUGCGUUAAAGGUAAAAGACCAGAUUCAUCAAGCUCGGUUUUAUGUGGAUGUUGAUACAUCUGACCGAACAAUCCAGAAAAAGGUACGAGAAGCUCAGUUAGCCCAAUAUAACUACAUCUUGGUUGUUGGUGAGGCUGAAGCUGCAACCGGAGAGGUAAGCGUGCGAGUGAGAGACAAGGCCGAUUCUUCAGUAAUGAUGGUUGAGGAGGUGCUCAAUUUCUUCAGGGAAGAAGUAGCGGCUUUCCGCUAGGGUUCUGAUUUUGCAGAAGCAAAUGAAUACCCAUGAUAUGGAUGGUUGAUCACCUAUACGCGGUUAGUUGAUUAUUAUUUGUAGCAAUUCCUUGUGUUAGUGAUGAUUAUUCGAAUAUUACACUGGAUUCUUACCUGCAUUUUGAGGAAGUUCCCAACUGAUGGGAAAAAAGUCUGUGUAAAAGAUCGGUUUUCUUUAGCUUCUUUCUGAACUCGGGGCUUUUUUUGAAUUUACGAU